ACAGAUUUAAGAACGAUUGGCAAGAAAUUCCUCCCCAGUGACAUCAAUGGUGGAAAGGUGGAAAAGCUGGAAGGGCCAUGCGUUCUGCAAAUACAGAAAAUACGCAAUGUUGCUGCACCAAAGGAUAAUGAAGAAUCUCAGGCUGCUCCCAGAAUGUUACGUUUACAGAUGACCGAUGGACACACAAGCUGCACAGCUAUAGAAUACAGCAGCAUGUCAAAAAUAAGCCUGAACACUCCACCUGGAACAAAAAUUAAGCUUUCAGGGAUUGUUGAAGUGAGAAAUGGAUUCUUGCUGUUGGACGACAGUAACACAGCAGUUCUUGGAGGUGAAGUGGAGCAUCUUAUAGAAAAGUGGGAAUUACAAAGGAGUUUGGCAAAACACAAUAGGAGUAACAUUGGAACAGAAGGUGGCCCUCCCCCUUUUGUACCUUUUGGGCAGAAAUGUGCCUCUCACGUGCAAGUGGAUAGCAGAGAUCUUGAUCGCAGAAAGACUCUGCAAAUGACAAAUACUGUAAAACCUGUUGCAGACAAUGAUGAAUUUGAAAAGCAGAGAACAGCUGCUAUCGCAGAAGUAGCAAAGAGCAAGGAGACCAAGACGUUUGGAGGAGGUGGUGGUAGUAGCAGAAGUAAUCUCAGUGUGAGUGCUGGAGGGAAUCGAAACAGGGAACUGUUCCAGAAAGAGAAGAUAACAAAACCUGAGGGAAAGAAUGAAGGUGUCUACCGAGAACUGGUUGAUGAAAAGGCUCUAAAACACAUAACAGAGAUGGGUUUCAGCAAAGAGGCAGCAAGACAGGCACUUAUGGAUAACAGUAACAACCUAGAGGCAGCAUUAAAUUUCCUCCUCAACAGCAGUAAACAGAAACCCAUUCAGGGACCACCACCUAGAGGUAAAGGGAAGGGCCGAGGCCGAAUAAGACCUGAAGAUGAAGAAGAGCUAGGAAAUGCCAGACCAUCUGCACCAAGCACACUAUUUGAUUUCUUGGAGUCCAAAAUGGGUACUCUAACAGUAGAGGAGGAACCCCAAGUGAAGAAAAAGAUUACACACCUUUUGUCGUAG